UGUGUAUUUAGAUAUAAAUAAAAAAGCAAGAAAAGAUUGGUGCAUUAUAGAAAUCCCUUUAGACUUUAGUUUAGUGUUGCAUAAUAUAAUUAGUCAUCAUCACCAUGAAACCUCUCUCCAAGCUCUUGAACAAGUUUUGUGGGAAAAUGAUAAUGCUAUUAGCAUCCCUGCUAAUAGAACUCAUAAUUCUCAUUCAAAAACUAAGGGAAUCACGUCCAAUCAGCACCCGCCAAUACCUCAAACUCAUCGAGAAGAAGAACCCCACCAUUUGCUACACCAAAAGAUUGAACUUGAAGGCAGAGCACGCUGCUACAGCUACUGAGUGUAGGGUAUGUCUGUCCGAAUUCGAGGAAGGGGAGAAGGUGAGGAAACUGAAAUGCCAACACACCUUUCAUAGGGAUUGUUUGGACAAGUGGUUGCAACAGUAUUGGGCAACGUGCCCACUUUGUCGGAAACAGGUGCUGCCAGAUGAUGUUGUGUUCAAGCACCGUCUGCAUCAGAAUCAAGCAGAGGCUGCUUCUAAUAAUGGGAAUGAUGACAAUCUUCUCUAUCUUUUUUCAGCAUUUCGUGGUGGCAACACUUAAUUUGAACAGAUAACAACCCUCUCUCAAUCACCUUCAACAUAUAUAUAUAUAUAUAUAUAGUAGUUUAGUACUAUAUAGCUAAAACAAAACCACCUAAUUGUUUUUUAUUUUUAGAAGAAAAAGGAUUAAUUUGUUAUUCUUCCUUUACUAGGAUUCCUCGGAAGAAUAUUACUAUGGAUGUACACCAUAUAUAUAUAGUUACAGAUAUUGAAAGAUUGAUGUUACCUUUUUUCUAUUUCACA